UUUUUCUUUUUUCGUUUUGCUCUGAACAUCAAAAACAGGUAGGAUUUUAUUUUUAUACUGCAAAUAAGGAGUUUAUUAUGAACAUAUUAGAGAUGUACAGACUGCAGGACAUCUUGAAUGCUACACUUGUUAUUUCACUUGAGAUUUUUUUUAAACAAAUAAAGAAGCCUUCUUUUGUUGGCUCAUUAUGAGCUUAGCUCAAAACCAAAACUCAGUAAAUUUUUAAAUAAUGGUUGCAAAAGAUUUCUAGGAAUUAAAAUUUAGUUGAGAAAACAUUUAUUUAAUUAGACUAAUUUCAGCAAGCUAAGUGUUUGAACAGAAUGAGAUAAGGUAACCAAAAAAYCAUUUUGUUUUAAUCUAGUAACUUGUUCUGACUAAAUUAAGUUUUAAUCUAUCAGCAUAACUGAUGCACCUAAUGUAAUGUGGAACCCUGACUAUAUUGCAGCUUCUCUUUUUCAUCAUGGAUGAUUAUGUUCGUGACAAACUAUGUCAAUGGGGACUAAGAAACYGGAUAUACAGAUUUAAAGAUCAAGAAAUCGACACUGAAAGCUUCUUUGGUCUGGAAGAUGAAGACAUCAAGGACUUGAUUMCAAAAGUUGGACUAAGGGUUCGAUUCAAGAGGAGACUCAAGGCUUUGAAGCAACAACAACACAAGCAAAAUCAGRAGACASAGUUUGUCCCCUCAGAAGAGAUGGAAACCUCGAGCUACUUGAAUGAAUUUUCAGCUUCAACAAGUGGUACAGCAAAGAGAAAGCUGGACCCUGAGUUUGAGUCCAGUGAAGAGAAACCAGCUGCAAAGCGUGGAGCAGUGCCGUUUUCAGAACCAAGUAUAUUGUCUGAUGUUCAAAAGUUAAUGGUGCACAUCCAUAGCAAACUGCUCCAACAGGACAACAACAAGCUCAAUAAUUUCCUGAAUUUUUUCCAGGCUGAAAUGCUCUCUGAAGGAAUUGCCAAGUACACAAAAAAUGAUUCAAACCAAGAAGAAGGCAAAAAGYUUAAGAGGUAUUGGCCUUUGGUGAAGUGUGUGACUGUCAAAGYGCCAAAGAUUGAUCUUCUUCAGCAUGUUACUCUGGUGGACCUUCCUGGAAAUGGAGACCGUAACAAGAGCAGAGAUCAAAUGUGGAAGGAGAUUGUUGGAAAAUGUUCCACCGUUUGGAUUGUGGCUGSUAUCACCCGAGCAGCAGCGGAAAAAGAAAGCUGGGAGAUUUUGAAACGUACUGCUAGUCUCAUGGGAAACGGUGGCGAGUGCCAGAACAUUCACUUUAUCUGCACCAAGUCUGACCAUUUUGAAGAUUUUCAACGUCACACAGCAGARGACCGUCUGAACCUGAUACUUGACAGAAACGUGARGACCAAGGUAGCAGUCAAAGCUGAAUUCMAAAAGCUAUACAAUGUGCAGAAACACUUCAAUGAAGAUAAUUUUGAAGUGUUCACAGUGAGCUCUAAGGAGUUUCUGGUAGGAGAACUGAAAGAGCACUCUGAAAUACCCAAGCUUCAGAAAGUUUUGCAAGAUCUGAAUGACUGUCACUCUGAAACAUUAAACUAUGUUUCUGGAGCUUAUGGGAUUCUUUCUUUAAUUCAAGGGACCAGUUUAAGAGGGAYGGAUGGCAAAACUGAAGAUGUCUAUGAUGAACUUGAGAAAAACAAAAACUCUCAGCUUGAACUAAUCCGAAAAUCACUGGAUGAGACAUACUCAGUUUUUAAAAAAUGCUUGAAUGAAGGUGUUGAAAAAAGCAAAAGUUCCUGUGAAAAAACUUUGAAGAAUGUCCUGCAUCCUUCACGGUCCGGCCGUGCCUCCUGGCGGACACUGAAAUGUGUCGUCCAAAACGGUGGCAUGUACAAACCCAAAAAUAAGACAGAAAUUAAUUUAAACAUGAAGCUUACAUUACCCUUGGCUAAUAGCAUUGAUGAGGAGUUCAGAAAGACCUUCCCAACUAAAGGAAAAAAUGGUCCAUUCAAUGGUGUGAUCAACAAGUUUUCACUUGACACUGAAAAGCUAAACAAGAAAUACAGUGGUGUGGACCUGCUGCUGAACUUUCUGAAGACAGAGGAAGAAAAGAUUCAGUCAGAGUUGAACAAAAUGAUUCGUGAUCGCAAGAAAACAGUGUACAACAGUUUAACGAAAACAAUUGAGGAAAGCAUGCAAGAGUGCUACAAGAAGGCUGCUGGUUUUUCAAAAGCUGACACAUUGAAAAACAUMAGGGAAACAAUUGAAACCCAUGUCAAAAAAUCAAAGGACGCCAUGUUUGACRAGGCUAAAGAUGUUAUGUUGACUCAACUCAAGAGCUUGGAGGAUGAUAUCCUGGACACGGUGAAGAGUACCAUGGAGGAAUGUUUGGAGCUCUCAUUCAGGACUGWUGACCACUCAAUUCCAGAUGUUUCAGCWGAGCUUGAAAUGGUGGAGAAACUAUAUGAUGAACUGAAGAGAAACACAAAGGACAAAAUGCAGUAAACUGCACUUAUUCAAUGUUACAAGUAUUCUGUUACACAUGGGUCCUGAUUUUCUGACUGCACUGCAAAGAUGAAGAUUUUUCCUAAUUAAAAAAGUCCAAGAUCAUCAUCAUGCCACAAAGAUUUAGAAGUUUAUCAGAAGAUGGCACAAAAUGUAGCUAUGCUAAUGUAUAUGUAAUUUUUUUAGCAUGAGAUGUUCCAAAACAAAUGUAUUUCUUUUUAAAUGUUUAAUGUUUGGUUAAACGAUAUUUAUCUUUAUUAGCCUUUUAUUUUGCUCUAAUGUUAAUUUCAUAGUAAGUAGGGCCACAAAUACUCAAAAGCAGAUUUGUUCAUAUCCUUUCAGCUGAGUACAGUUGUUCUUGUUGAAUUAAAAUAUUUUGAGAACAUUUUUUGAAGAAAGUUAAGAAAUUGAGCAUAUUUUGUUUUUUAAUAAGACAACAGUCUAAGAGCAUACUUGGACCAACAAUAUUUAGGUUUGUCUUUUUAACUUUUUUUUUUAUAUGUUGCAUGCAUAAUGAGUCACUGAUUGUGCGAAGAGAAAAUAAUUCACAGAAAAAUUAUUUUAUUGGUCUUAUGACAAAGCAACCAAUGCAUGUUGUGGGAUUAUAUUUAGACUUUUAUUACAAUAUGUUAAUCAGCAGGUAUUGAAGCUUGUAUUAACCCUCCUAUUAU